UAUUUGAAAGUGAUCUGUGUGGUCAGCACCCAGAGGUGGGUUGGAUAUGGAGCAAAAGAAAAGGUUCAAGAAUUCCUAGAUUUCUGAGCCAAGUAGGUAAAUGAUAUAUCAUUUACUGAGCUGUAGAAUCUAGGAGAUAAAGCAUGGAUUUGAGGAAAGGGAGAUGAGAGAAUGGGAACCAGGAGACAAGGGGUCUAAUUUUGCAGAGGCUCUGUUUGAGGGGACUGAGACAUUCAAGUAGAGGUUGAAAACUGAGGUUCAGAAGAGCCUAGACUUACAUAUAUGGGAGUUAUAUUUGCAAGUGGGGAAUUGAAACCAUGGGAGUGGAUGAGAUCUCCCCUGGAGAGAAUGUAGAGUGAGACGUAAAGUGUCUCUUGGCAGAAUCCUGGGCAAACGAUUUAGGGGCAGGUGGUGGAAGUGAGUCUGGAGAAAGGCCUUUAAAGGCCAAUAAACAGCAGAAGAACCAAGGGAAGAUGCCACAGGAGAAGCCAAGAAAACAGGGUUUCAGGAAUCAAAGAAUGAAACACUGCAGAAAGAUUAGGACAGAAGAAAGUCUAUUGGAGUUACCACAUGGAAGACAGUGAGGAUAUUUUCAGAGGGGUGCUGGGAGUGAGGUGGGGAGCCAGACUAUAGUGGUCUGAGUGGGAAGGUAACAGUAGAGUCAUCUGCUCAUUCCAGAAGGUUAGCUGUUUGUGAAAGAGAAGAAAACAAUAGGAACCAGUGAUGGAAGGUUGAAAAUGCUUUUGUUGAUAUUGUUUUUAAAAUGGAAGAGAGUGAAUGUUUUGGGCAUUAUGCUUCCUGUUUCUCUUUCUUUGGGGUUAAAUGAAUGCCACCCCCACUGCCAAGUUUAUUCCUAGGACUGUCAAGCUGGUCUGAAUACAGAAAGCAGUGCAAUAUCUAAAGCAAAAAGCCCACAGCAAAGCAGACGCUGUUUUCCCUUUUGUGAAAAUAGCAGUGCCCUCUGGAGGCAAAAAUGCAUCUUGUCCUUGAUUUUACAAUUGUACUGAGCUUGGUGCAUUUCCUCUCUGUGCAAUAACUAUAGUGCUCUGAUGCUGUCGAUGGUGGUACAAAAUCAUUUCAGAGGAGCAAAGAUAGCAACAAGUGUGGAAGCGGACCAUUGUAUCUGGGAACUACAGUCUACACUCAGAACUGCAAACGAGAGAAUAGCCAUUAAAGACCGGCCUUGCCUCAACUUGAAGGAUGGACUUUUCCAUGGAUGCUGGAGCUGCAGCUUACAAUGAAAAAUCAGAGACUGAUACUUUCAGAGGAAACUAUAGUUACCAAAUUCCCAUUAAGCACCAUGACUUCAACAUUUUAAAAAAUAAUGAGAGCCUGCUACAUGAAGUCCUCUGGAAUAAGUUUGGCUGUAUCUCUACCCUGGUCUCUCCAGCCCUGGAAGUCAACAGCAAAUCUCUGCAAGUGUUUAGAAAAAAGCUGACUCCUAGGCUAGAGUUAUCUGUCUGGAAGGAUGACCUCACCACACAUGUUGUUGAUGCUGUGGUAAAUGCAGCCAAUGAAGACCUUAUACAUGGGGGAGGCCUGGCCGGGGCCCUGGUGAAAGUUGGUGGCUUUGAAAUCCUAGAAGAGAGCAGAAAAAUUGUUUCCAGAAGUGGUAAAAUACCAGUUGGUGAGAUUGCUGUCACUGGGUCAGGGAAGCUUCCCUGCAAAGAGAUCAUCCAUGCUGUUGGGCCCAUAUGGAGGGAAAUGGAUCCACAGGGAUGUAUCCAUAAGCUGCAGACAGCCAUUAUAAAUAUUCUGGAUUAUGUCAUGUAUAGAAAUACUUCCAUUGAGACAGUAGCAAUUCCAGCAGUGAGCUCUGGGAUUUUCAGGUUCCCUCUGGACUUAUGCACACAGACUAUUGUAGAUACUAUCCAGUUUAAUUUGCAAAACAAGCAAAUGGUCGGUAAUUUGAAAGAAAUUCACUUGGUAAGCAAUGAGGAUCCUACUGUUGCUGCCUUUAAAACUGCUUCAGAACGCGCCUUAGGGAAAAAUGAGCUGGGGCCCUGGAUGAAUCAAGAAGCCACCCAUCCUUCUGAUACAAUGGUUAUGAACAAUCUGACUCUCCAGGUUGUCCAGGGCAGUAUUGAACGCCAAUUGACAGAAGUAAUUGUUAAUUCUGUAGACCCGUUUAGUAGUGUGCCAGGACUUGUGGCACAAUCAAUUGUACAACAAGCAGGAUUUGAAAUGAAAUUGGAAUUAAACAAAAAGAUUAAACCAUCGCGAGUUUUCCCGGAGGUACUGGUCACUGAAGGAUUUAACUUGUCCUGUCGAUAUGUAUAUCAUGUACUAUGGCAUUUAGCAGAUACUACACAUUUGAGAAAGGCUAUGAGCCAGUGUUUGGAAAAAUGCCUCCAGGAAAAUAUAACUUCCAUUUCCUUUCCUGCCCUUGGCACUGGAGGCAUGCGCAUACAGAAGGAAAUAGCAGCACAGACUAUGGUUGAGGAAGUUUUAAGAUUUGCCAAAUACCAUUCAGAAAAACAAUUAACUGUAAACUUUGUGAUCUUUCCAGCAGAAUUGGAUCUAUAUAAGAUUUUCUGUACUGAAAUCACAAAGAAAUCCAAGAUACCAUAUCUCAUCCCCCAGUCGACCAGAGAGGAAAAGAGAGAAAAUGGGCUUGAAGCUCGAUCUCCUGUCAUCAAUCUGACGAGCUGCAAUGAGGAAGAGAUGCAUGAGGCCAAGGCAUGGAUCCAAAGAAUAUUGACCCUCCAGGACCACCACCACAUUGAGAAUAAUCAUAUUCUAUACUUCGGGACAAAGGAACAUGACCUUUUGUCUCAGCUUCAGAAAACUUCAGAUGUCUCCAUCUCAGAGAAUAUCAGUCUGGAAAAGGCAAGGUUAGAGAUUAAAGGAGCCCCAGCUGACCUCAUUGAGGCGGUUUUGUCCAUUGAACAAAUGCUGUGCAAAGUUCAGGAGGAAGUGGCAAGAAAAAAUGAGCAAAGCCUGUGGAGCAUGAUAGGAGAAUGGACUCAUCGGCAACCAAAACACCAGGAUGAAAUCAAAGAAGAGAAUGUCCUAUAUUUUUUGAGAUAUGAAGUGCAUGUAACUCAAGAAAUUCAGGAUCAACAGAAACUGUUUGAAAAAUGUGGUUUGAAGGUUAUAAAGGUGGAGAAGAUAGAGAAUGAGGUUCUCAUGGCUGCCUUCCAAAGAAAGAAGAAAAUGAUGGAAGGGAGACCACAUAAGAACCCCGUGAGCCACAGACUGUUUCAACAGGUUCCACACCAGUUCUGCAAUGUGGUGUGCAGAGUUGGCUUUCAAAGGAUAUACUCAGAGCCCCAUGACCUCAAAUAUGGAGUUGGCAUAUACUUCACCAAGAACCUCAAAAACCUAGCAGACAAGGUCAAGAAGACUUCUGCCGCAAACAAGCUGAUCUAUGUGUUUGAGGCUGAAGUACUCACAGGCUCCUUUUGCCAGGGACAGAAGUCAAAUAUUGUUCCCCCACCAUUGAGUCCUGGAGCCAUGGAUAUUCAUGACAGUGUGGUUGACAAUGUCUCCAGCCCUGAAACCUUUGUUAUUUUUAAUGGCAUACAGGCAAUGCCCCAAUAUUUGUGGACUUGUAUGCAGGAUCAUGUUGGGUUACAAGAUAACUCAUUGAGAUCAAGGAUGCUUUACCAGCAGCCUUGGGGGAGAUUCACAGGUGGCAGCUCUGUUGAUUAAUCCAUAUGUCAUUGUAAUAGCUGGCAUGGCCUUACUUUGGGGAAACUAACAAAAUAAUCACCAUCAAUGACUCAAAGAGUGGUUUGAAUAUGUCAAAUAGGUUAUCUGUAUGGAUUGACUGAGUUAUUGAAGGAGCCAGCCACACACUAGUACCUUAGUGCCUUCAUUUGUGUUUUUAAUCUCUUGGAGUUGGGGUGAGUAAUUACCAACUAAAACACUCAGGACUGUUCCUUCUCCUCACAGCUGUUCUUUCACCUCCUUUGCUAUAGGUAACAGCAAAAAUGUUCUACAUUUAAUAAGAUUUUUCUAGUAUAUAGUCUAAGCCUUUCAUUUUCGAAAAUGAUGAGCAUGUAAACUAUUAGGACAGCAAAAUGAUUUUAGAUUUUCCAGAGAAUCUUAUAACGUGCUUUAGAUAUCAAAAUAAAUAACCUUUGUCUGA